AUGCUUAGUGCUCUAUCUGACACUCUCCUCCGGGAUGGAUCGACUGAUACUCCUUCCGAGAAGACGGGUGAGCAUCGUGACCGGGUAACGGCGACUGAGGAGAUAAAUCUUGACCAAAGGCAAGUGCGCAGACAAGGUGUGCAAAGUGUGCAUAACCCUAUGUCUAGCUAUGACUGCGAACCCCCUCAAGGUAGCACAGAUUACCAGAACUAUGAUAAGCUUGGGCUUGGAGGUGGUCUAGAAUCUGACCUGAUGAUGUCGGACCUUCUCUCCCAUCCCAUCGGUCUGCUUGACGACGACAUGCUCAACGCAGCGACUGAGAACCAGUCUGAAAUUGGGAUACUCGGCACUGAUUGUGUGCACGCCCCCGCCGCCGAGUCCUCUGCGAGUCCUCGCAAUCUCCAACCGACCGCAAAGAUAGGGACACGAUUCUCCCGAGAGACCAACGGCAUACUGAAGGCCUGGUUCUCACAAAGAGCCGACCAUCCAUACCCCAGCAAAGCGGAGAAGCAGCAGCUUCAGCAGCAGACUGGACUAAGCAGUCUGCAACUCACCAACUGGCUCGCCAACGCUCGUCGACGCUCUACACUACUCUCGAGCGGCCCAUCUCCUGGAUCGCUUACCCAGCUCUCCCAUCUUAAUACCGGGGAUACUAUUUCAAGGCCUAGCACUCCGAUGGUACCCCCCCGCCGGGGCCCCCUGGGACGGUGGAUUGACUCCCCUCCCGAAAACGAGGCAGCCGAUGCAGCCGACAUCGCUCGCGCACUCGACACCCACACCCCACGAUCAUCACGAGGCGAUCCCGAGCAGUACGAGUCUGCGCAAGACUCUGCUUCCAACAGCGCAAACACGACAAGAUCUAGCCGCAAGUCUGGGUCGCUUGCCGAUUCAAGGUCUUCCUCUUGCACUCGCGACUGGGGGAGAAGUCCUAAUCGACGACAUGGACGGGUGCGGACAUCCCGCCGAAGCCGAGGAAGACAACGGGAGGCGAUCCAGAGGAAGCGCACCCUAGGAACCACCUUGGGACCCUAUCAGUGCACAUUCUGCACCGAAACAUUCGACACCAAGCACAAUUGGCAAAGACACGAAACGUCGAUACACCUCCCGCUUGAGACCUGGGUCUGCACCCCCCAAGGCCCUCGCACCACGAAUACCCCGGCCCAGCAGGUAUUCUGUUCAUUCUGCGGCAUCAAUGACCCAGACGAAGAUCAUGUUGAGACACAUAACCCGACAUCGUGCCAGGAGCGGACUUUUAGCCGAAAGGAUCACCUCAGACAGCAUCUACGCUUAGUGCACAAUGCCACGCCGAUGGAAUGGAUUAUUAGCCAGUGGCGGACACCUCAGCUACAAGUGCGCUCAAGGUGCGGCUUCUGUGAUAGAGCCAUGGAAACAUGGGCUGAUCGAGCGGAUCACCUGGCGGAUCAUUUCAAAAUGGGUCACACAAUGGUCCAGUGGCAGGGUGGCUGGGGCUUCGAGAGGGCUGUGCAAGAUCUCGUAGAGUCUUCUAUUCCUCCAUAUUUGAUUGCAAGCGAGAGCCAGACUCCAUUUCCAUUCAGAGCCAGCGUGGCUCCGGCCGACUCACCACGGAAUGCGUACGAGCUGAUACAUUUGGAGUUGACUCACUUCAUCCAGAAGCAAGACGGCAUACCCAUGUCCGAUAUGUUGCAGCUGGAGGGUUGUCGUAUUAUACUUGCCGCCGAGGGUCUGAUGCGAGGCGAUGCUCACGACGAGGCACAGGCUGGGUCUUGGCUUAGAGACAUAUUCUUUUCCAACAACGACAUAUCCCAACGAGCCCGAUUCAGCCCUCUGAGGUCCAAAGCAGAAUCCUGCCUCACCGUCCCAAAGCUACACGGCCAGAGGCAGCUGUUUGAUGGAUGCCCUCUCGACGCCCAGUUACGAAACUUUAUGCUGGAUAGUGUAUGGUCCGGGCAGGCCAUGCCCAACGAUGCCGACCUCAGGGCAGAGGCCUGUCGGAUCGUCUCAGAACUAGGCUCGUGCUUCACAGUUCUGCUCGAGGACGCCGUCGCAACCUGGCUCAUGGCUCUAAUUGAGUCGGCCCAGGGAUGGCUAUCCGCCUUCCGGAUGCGUGUUCAGACAGAGGCAAAUAUAUAUACUCCCUCUGAUGGACAAAAUGCAUUUUUUGGCGGUCUUUGCCUUACAGCACACUCGCUUCAAGAUGUUAUGCAGCCUCCAAACUCGAUCACGGCCGAGCCUAUCCGACACUUUCCCAACGGUAAUAUGACAAGGGACAAUAUACUACGCAGGCAAAGUAGGACUUCUACGACUGCACAGAGUCCUCAGGACCACCGCCCAUCGUGGAUCAAGGCCAACCUCUACUUCCUCAAUGACGCCAACUACCACCGGUGGCUAGGGCGAGAGCUCGGGAGAUGGGUUCUUUCAACCACGUCGCUGAACAACCCCAACAGCCACGUACCCUCAGACGAGGAGCUCCGCCACCAGGCCCGAUGCAUCUUGUACGAUGAGUAA